GCUCCCUCACGGGACCGGGGGGUUGUGGGGAGCUGGGGUCGGCUUCUUCAGUGGUAGGGCCGGAGGGGAUGGCCUCAGGUUCAGGUUGGGAAUGAGGAGAGAUUUCUCCUCAGAAAGAGCAGUCAGGCGUUGGGACGGGGUGCCCAGGGAGGCGGUGGAGUCACCGUCCCUGGGGGUGUUCAAGGAAAGGUCGGACGUGGUGCUUGGGGACAUGGUUCGGUGGGUGACAUGGGGGCAGGGGGCGGUUGGACCAGGUAACCUUGGAGGACACCACAAACACCUAGAAGGAGAGGUGUUUGGGGUGAUAUCAGGCCUCUCGAUCUCACUUAAGCCUCUCGGUCUGCUGCGAUGGAUAAGCAGGCGGGUACACCCACAGCAGCCUGCGGCUUCCCCCAUCCUCUGUCAGAUUACACAAAUUACUUUUCUUCCCAGUUCUUAUCACUGUAAUUCCCAGCUUGUUUCUUCUGAAUGUCGUGUCAUACACAGGAGCAGCGUGCACAUGCAGAGCCUCAUUCUGGUUAAAGGAUUUAACAACCUUAAAGAAUGAGGUGAAAACCCCCAAAAAUCUAACCAAGGGUGCUGUUGCCACCAAUGAUGACCCUCUGAAUCCUCAUGAUAGACUGACUGCAUCAGGACCACCCGCAUACUGUGAGGUGAAGCUGACCAGGCUGAAAGGAUGCUCUUGACAGGAGGCUUGAAAUCUCUCCUUCCCCACGUACUAAGAAGAAUAAUUCGUUGCAACAGACACAGUAUCAGUAAUACUUCUGGAAUGGCAGAAGGCUAUAAACAAGCUAACAUUGUGAUUUUGCACAAGUCCCUGGCUGAUGACUUUGAGAAGUUCUGUCACGCAAACAAUGGACCUCUGCCAUUGCUGUACAGAAGCAAACCAGGUGACUGGAAAUGUCCUUCUCUGAGUAGUGAUUCUGAUAUCAGGACUGACUGCCCACAGUGUAGAGUGUAUGAGCAUGGAGCCUUCACUGGAUCUGUAAAAAGUCUAAAGGAAUAUUCGGAACAACUUAAGGACAUGGUGACUUUCUAUUUAGGCUGCAGCUUUUCUUUUGAAAAAGCAAUCCAAAAUGCUGGCAUUCCUGUAAGAAAUGUUGAACAAGAAUGUAAUGUAAGCAUGUAUAAGACAGCUGUGCCAUGCUACAGUAUUUCUACUUUUUGCUGCAACUUAGUAGUCACGAUGAGACCUAUUCCUGAAAGCAAAUUGGAAGCAGCUGUGCUUGCAACAUCUGAACUAAAAGAAGCUCAUGGAGCACCAAUUCAUAUAGGUGACCCUGGUCUGUUGGGAAUACAAGAUCUUUCCAAACCAGACUAUGGAGAUCCAGUUCACCUUCACCCUGGUGAUAUUCCGGUGUUUUGGGCCUGUGGUGUAACAGGAGUAGAAGCAGUCAUCAACUGCAGAUCUCCAUUAGCUUUUACUCAUUCUCCUGGCUGCAUGUUCAUCACUGACCUAAAGAAUGACAGUGUUACAGUCGGGUCCUCAAGUGAAGUCCCACAAGUCUACUGCAUUUCACAAGAUCCUUUGCAUUAUAGUAUGGUGUCAGCAGAAGCAACACAAAAGAUAAAGAAUCUGGAGAACUUAAUCGGAAUAGACCCAGGAGAUCGGGGUAUAAUUCAUUUACACCGCCCGGAUGAGCUGCUGAAGGCUUGCCUGGCUAUCUCCCAUGCUCGGUCAGUGUUGAUAACAACUGGAUUUCCUACCCACUUCUCUUACGAGCCACCAGAAGAAAAUGAUGGGCCCCCUGGAGCCCUCGCCAUCGCGGCCAUGCUGCAGGCCUUGGAGAAAGAUGUUGCUAUAGUAACAGAUCAGAGAGCCAUGGAUCUGAAUAAAAAGAUUAUUGACGAUGCUGUUCAACUAGGAAUCCUGAAGAGACCUGUCCCUCUACUGAGUUAUCAAAGGGAAAAUGCUGAUUCAGCUUUGAGGUUUUUGUGUGAGAAUGGGAAUCGCAGAAGACCUAGAUUUGAUCACCUGAUAGCAAUAGAGCGUGCUGGAAUGGCUGCUGAUGGCAACUACUACAAUGCCAGGAAAGUUAAUAUUAAAAAUCUAGUGGAUCCCAUAGAUGACCUAUUUUUAGCUGCACAAACCAUUCCAGGAGUCACAACAACAGGUGUUGGAGAUGGAGGAAAUGAAUUAGGAAUGGGCAAAGUAAAAGAAGCUGUAAAGAAGCACAUAAAAAAUGGAGAUACUAUAGCCUGUGAUGUUGAAGCUGAUUUUACCAUUGUAGCUGGUGUCUCUAACUGGGGAGGCUAUGCCAUUGCAUGUGCUCUGUAUAUUCUCAGCACCUGUGAAAUACAUGAUCGCUACCUGAGGAAAGCUGUGGGGUUUCCACAAUUACUGAAGAAGAAGACCUGGCUAUCUGCACUUCCAUCAGUUACAAAGGAAGAAAAGCUUCUGAAAGCACUUGUGCAGCACGGGGUCCGCAGUGGAAAAACUGCCAGUCUAGAAAUGGAAGUGGACGGGCUGCCCUUCUACGACACCCACUCGCUUAUGAUUGAGAAGCUGCUGCAAGAGCUGAAGCAGUAACUGCCCCACAGGAUUUCCAAAUCAGGAGUUGCUCCUAUUUUCUUAUUUCCUAGUAUUUUUCUGAUCAUUUUUUACCUUGUAAGAGAUGAGUCUCUGUCUCUUAAGUACUGGACUUUUUAUCUCUGGUGUCUUGCCCAUGCACAACCUGUUAUUAUUGCCCUCAUAAUAUUUUGGUGAAGCAGGAAGGAGAUACCAUAAUGAUUUGGUCUACCUUUCUUUUCUGUAAUUUCAUAAUGGAUAUUAAAUGAUAUUAUAUACUAGGAGGUGAUCUGGCUUUUACGAAGAAAAGUUCUCAUUAAAAUGAAGCAUUGCUGUUCCUGUUUUACUAACCUCGUAACUGCAACAGGAAGUAACUCUUGUAACAACUUGGAUUUAAAAAUACUUUGUGGUGGGGAAGACAGCUGCAGCAGAGUAUUCAAAAGAAAACAAAACAGUAAGUGUUAUAGCAGUAAAAGUUGUUAAAUACAGCUCCCUUGCACACUUCUUCCUCUAACACUGUUUUCUUGCAGCAGUGGGUCAUUUGUGGAAGCGCGAGGAGACAAGGGGAGGGCUGCAAUGAAAAUAAGGGCAGCCCUGCAGACUUGCCAUGUAAAGGGUAGGCUGCACUGUUUGCCUCCUUCAUAUCGGUAGUUCACCAUUUAUAAAAGGUUUAACAUUUUGUCCCUUUCUGGGUAAUACAGAAAUACUGUAAAUUUUUAAUUCUUAACAAUAGGAUACCCUAAAUGAGUUCAAUCCAUAGUGAUUAAAAAUAACGCUUAGAACUUUAAUUUCUGAUUGUGCUUUAAGAACAUUUACAUUCAGUAUAAAAUAAUGUAAAUGAAUAUUUAAAUAAAUUCCAGUUAUAGAAAUACAGGUCUUGAUGAGACUGAGUGAAGAAAAAUUAAAUUACAUCUCAAAGGCCUACUGACAGUGAACCAGUACACGACAAACAGGUGUGAACUGCGCCUGACUUACGUCAUUGAAAGCUGUGCUACUACCUCAAAACUCAAGGUGAGCAUCAGGGCUGAAGAUGUGCUAGUUGUCAGUCCUCACAGCAGGAAGGACAGGCUCUGUUUUGCACUGCACCUCUCAGGCACUGAUGCUUUACCUGUCAUAAAAUGAUUAUAAUGGUACAAAAGGAGAGCACCAAGAUAUUGUGCUUCAACAGCAUCCAAAUGGCAGUUCUGUUUGCCCACUGUUUUCCAAAGGACAGUAUUUCAACUGCUAGCAAUGUCUUAUAUCUAUUAUUCUUUCUGGCAAGUGAGGUUUCUUUUUUUUUUUUUUUUUCCCUUCUUAUCUAAGACAAACAUGUAACGCUUUGAGAAUAAGAAAAAUCACUUUGUACCACAAACGCCAGCAUUCUUAGAACAUUAAUCUUCUGAUUUCCUUGAGGAUACACAGCCUGUAAAGAUCUACAACAGUUGAACAUGUAUGAGAGAAAAUCUUAACGCCGGAAUGCUGACAGACAGUCAGAUUUGCCAAAGGUUCCAAUGGAUAAUUUAUGGCUCAGUCUUUUUUUUUUUUUUUGAUUAAUUUUGCUUAAAACCUUUUCGAAGGACAUUGUGGUGAAACUGUCUCACAAUUAGAAAAUAGCUCCUUUAGAAGUCUCCAAAAUUAUCUAAAACCAUUAAGAUGUUCAGUAAGAGUACUUGAGUGUUUUGUGUUUUUUUUUUUUUGCCAAAGCCAGUAACCCCAUAGGAUCGCAUACGUUCGUUGGUGCACAGAACCCACAAAAUGAAGUUGAUGUAAUUUAAAGAUACCUGUUCAGAUAGAGUCAUGUGAUUUCUUUCUCUGUGUGCUACAUGCUUAGUGACCUGUUACGCUAACAGAUGUACAUUAUUCUUU